UGAACACUGAACUACGGCAGCGGCCACAGGACUGCACAAGAUGUCUGCUGAGCUCUACUUUGCCAGUGGACCAGAUGGGAAUAAUGCAAGACUACAAGGCACCACAGUGGGGGGCAGUAAACCUUUACACCGCUUCAUUAGGGGACAACCCAAGACGAUUGGCAUCAUCCUGCUGGUCUUGGGCUCGUCUUUCUUCAUUCUUUCCAUCGCUAUCUCUACAGAACACAUGUGGACAGUCAUCCCACCUAGCAUCUUGCUUGGGGCACUGUACAUCAUAUGUGGAAUUCUAUAUAUCCUGACAGAGUACAACCCAACCAAGAAAAAAGUAACCAUAUCUUUGGCUUUGAGUAUUGUGACCAUACUGGGGACAUUUUGGACUGUCAUGCACAGCCUGCCCUCCUUAGUACACAACUACAGACACUAUUCAGACUUUGCUGAAGACAAUGACACAGACAUUGAGGAAGCACAAUGGGCAUCAUAUUAUGAGGCCAUGGGCGCGACUGUGGAGACGAUCUUCCUGUUCUACAGUUUUGUUGGUGGAAUUAUUUUCAUAGUAAUGUCAGCUCUGGCCGGGGCUGCCCUGCGUUCCACUAAGAACCAGGCCAUUGUAGUGAUGACUGCUAGUCCGAAUGAAACACCAGUUGAAUAACAAGCGCGAGAGGAAGGUCUGAAGUGUGAUGAAUAAGCAGCAAGAAGAAAUAUGAAGCAUACAAGAACAGCAAAGUAUUUAUCUCUGGGCACAACUGAGUCCUUUAUAUUAACCACUUCUUACUAGUAUGCUGUGGUCGUUGUAUAAAAUGCAAUACAGAUCAUUUGUUCUAUUA